UGAGUUCGAUUUCACAAAACAUCUGUAAUAUAGUAUUGUGCAAUUUAUCGUGAAACCUCUUGUAUCGUUUGAACGUGAUAACAUUUGAUCCUCGAGACCCCCGCAAGUUACGAGAUAUUUUGAAUUUUAUGCGCAUCCGUAAACAAUUAUGAUUACGUGCUUGUGGUAGUGUGCGAACUAUAAUUGGAAUGGAGUUUCAAUAUGUAGAUUGCUUCAUGGUUAACCACUUGUUGAAUCUCCUUCAUAGCGGCUUGUAAUAGUUGGUAGCAGUUAGUAGUCGAGCGCGCGAAUUGUAGCUUUGGUUAGUUAGGCACAUUUCGUAGACACGUUUAGAUUUCUAAAAUUGUAUAAUCUUUUGGAAAGAUAAUUCUAGAAGCAUAAUGUCUGCAGGAAAUUUAGCCCUUUUAAGCGUUUCUGAUAAAACAAACCUUUUGCCAUUUGCUAAAAGAUUACAUGAGUUAGGUUUAAUCUUAGUUGCAUCUGGUGGAACUGCAAAAUCCUUGAGAGAUGCUGGCCUUCCUGUGAAAGAUGUUUCCAGUAUUACCGGUGCACCUGAGAUGCUUAAUGGAAGAGUAAAGACUCUUCAUCCUGCUGUGCAUGCUGGUAUAUUAGCUAGGCUCACAGAGUCUGAUCAAGAAGAUCUUCGCAAACAAAAUUAUGACAUUAUUAGACUUGUAGUGUGCAAUUUAUAUCCAUUUGUAAAUACAGUUUCAAAACCAAAUGUUACUAUUGAAGAUGCAGUAGAAAACAUUGAUAUUGGUGGAGUAACUUUGUUAAGAGCUGCGGCUAAAAAUCACGGUAGAGUGACUGUUGUCUGUGAUCCUAGCGAUUAUGAUAAAGUUGGGAAGGAGAUGGAAAUGUCUGUUAGCAAAGAUACCUCUCUGGAAACUAGACAAGUAUUAGCACUUAAAGCAUUUACUCAUACAGCAGAGUAUGAUAAUGCUAUCUCAGAUUAUUUUCGUAAACAGUAUAGCGCUGGUGUUUCUCAGCUGACAUUACGAUAUGGAAUGAAUCCACACCAAAAGCCAGCUCAAAUUUUUACUACUUUGGAUAAGUUACCACUAAGUGUAGUAAAUGGUUCUCCAGGUUUUAUUAAUCUCUGUGAUGCAUUGAAUGGUUAUCAGUUGGUGAAGGAAUUAAAAACAGCUCUGAAUUUGCCAGCUGCAACAUCUUUUAAACAUGUUAGUCCAGCUGGUGCAGCAGUUGGUGUGCCAUUAAAUACUGUACAAGCAAAACUAUGUCAAGUAGAUGACUUGCUGGAUCAACUGACACCAUUAGCCAGUGCUUAUGCUCGUGCAAGAGGAGCAGAUAGAAUGUCAAGUUUUGGAGAUUUUAUAGCAUUAUCUGAUCCAUGUGAUGCAAUUACUGCUAAGAUCAUAUCUAGAGAAGUAUCUGAUGGCAUUAUUGCACCGGGUUAUUCAGAGAGUGCCCUUCAAAUUUUGAAGAAAAAAAAGAAUGGUGCAUAUUGUAUUCUUCAAAUUGAUCCCACUUAUGUACCGUCUCCGAUGGAGCGCAAAGUUUUAUUUGGUUUAACUAUGGAACAGAAGCGUAAUGAUGCGGUGAUUAAUAAGGAUACAUUCGCCAAUAUAGUAACUAAAAAUUCGAUGGCUGUUUCCGACUCCGCUAUGAGGGACUUAAUCGUAGCUACCAUCGCAGUAAAAUACACGCAAAGUAAUUCAGUAUGUUAUGCAAAGGAUGGACAAGUGAUUGGAAUUGGUGCAGGGCAACAAUCGAGAAUUCAUUGCACAAGACUCGCUGGCGAUAAAGCCGAUAAUUGGUGGCUUCGCCAGCAUCCUAAAGUUACCGGUAUGAAGUUUAAAAAGGGUAUAAAGAGAGCAGAAAUUUCAAAUGCUAUCGACAAUUAUGUAAAUGGAACUGUAGGAAAAGAUAUGGAUGAAUCUGCUUGGGCUGCUAUGUACGAAGAAGUUCCACAGAAGCUCUCAGAAACAGAUAGAUUGGAAUGGAUCAAAAAGGCAGACAAUGUAGCUUUGAGCAGUGAUGCUUUCUUCCCAUUCAGAGAUAAUGUGGAUAGAGCUAGACUGAGCGGCGUUAAAUAUAUUGCUAGUCCUUCUGGUUCUACAAACGACGAGGCAGUGAUCCAAGCCUGUGAUGAACAUAAAGUUGUGUUAGUUCACACUAACCUGAGAUUGUUCCACCACUAAAUAAAAAAAAAUUAUGAUUUAACAAAUACCAUUAGUUGGAUCAUUGGUUUAUCAUCUUGAAAUUACAUUGCCAUACAUUGUAUUGCGAAAACUGUUUUGCCAAUACGUAGUUGAUAAGCAUAUUUGGAAUAUCAAAAUUUCAUCAUUAAAUUUUACGAAGUUAUCACACUUAUAAGAUACAUUGUAAAACAGAAAACAUAUUUUUACAUGAAUUAUUAAGUUUCUUUAUGAAAAAUAUAUAUGUAUACGUAAAA